AUGGACGACGACUACGGCGCCGACGACGAGCUCCUGGCCGCCAUGGCCGCCGCCGACACAACGCCCAUGGUGCGUAGGCCGAUCCAGCAGCCAGCGCCGCAGCGGAUCCAACAGCCCACGCCGCAGCGCCUCGACAAGGCGCCCCCGUCGAACGCCUCUGGCGCAAAGGUCGUGCAGCCGACGCCCCAGGCGCUUCCGCAGAAGCAGACAGGCUCGAAUAUUCUCGUGUCGCCGCGCCAGCGGGGAAACCCCGUCCUGACCAGCAUUCGCUCCUUGGCGUGGGAGUAUAGCGAUAUCCCGGCCGACUUCGUCCUCGGGCUAAGCACCUGCGCUCUCUUCCUCAGUCUUAAAUAUCACCGCCUCCACCCCGAGUACAUCUAUACCCGAAUCCGAAACCUACAAGGAAAAUACAACUUGCGUGUCCUCCUUACCAUGGUGGACAUCCCCAACCACGAAGCCUCCCUCAAAGAGCUCUCCAAAACUUCGCUCGUCAACAACGUCACCCUCGUCCUGUGCUGGUCCGCCGCCGAGGUUGCCCGCUACCUCGAGCUGUACAAGAGCUACGAAUCCGCAACCUUUGGCGCCAUCCGCGGCCAGCAGCCCUCAAACUACGGUGAACAGCUGGUCGAGUUCGUCACGGUGCCGAGGAGUCUCAACAAGUCCGACGCCGUUGCGCUCGUCAGCAAUUUUGGCAGCCUCAAGAACGCCAUCAACGCCGACACAGAGCAGCUCGGCAUGCUGAGCGGUUGGGGUGGCAUCAAGGUCAAGCGGUGGACAUCGGCGGUGGAUGAGCCGUUCCGGGUGAAGAAGGCGGCCAAGAAGGCGACAAAGGCGACAGAUCGGACGGCCAAGCUCGAUCAGGCAAAGCCGCUAUCUCGGGUGCCGCUGAGAGAGAUGCCGUCGACGGCACCAUUGUCUCGAGAUCCGCCGGCGACAGGGGCGCCGUCUGCAGUGCCCCCCAACGCGUCAGCUCCCAAACAGUUCCAGUUCAUGGAUGACACGGAUGACGAAGACGAUGAAGAGGCGAUGCUUGCAGCUGCGAUCGAGGAAUCAAAGAAGACAGCCGCAGCGGAAGCUACAAGGCAGACUAGUCAGACCUCGAAAGAGGGUGCCGAACUGAGCGGAGGUGUCGCAGCAGCCUUGGCGAGACUCAGAGAAAGUGGAUGA